UCACGUGACGGCCUGGUGCAGGACUGAAUCGUCUGGCUGUAUCCUGGUAUGGCGGACGGGGAGCGCUCUCCUCUUCUCUCGGAUCUUAGCGAUGGAGCUCUUAGCAGCGGGGCCGGUGGGAUGCUGCCGGGAGCCCCACCAUUCGGCCAUCCGAACAAACCGCAAGGUUUUCCAAGCUUUCCCAGUUCCCAGCCAUCUGUGCUUCCCGGGGAGGACCCGCCACCAUAUUCUCCCAUGACGUCACCAGAGAGUGGCAGUGCACCCAUGAUCAGCUGCAGAGUGUGCCAGUCGCUUAUCAAUGUCGAAGGCAAGAUGCACCAACAUGUUGUUAAGUGCGGGGUGUGCAAUGAGGCAACGCCAAUAAAAAAUGCUCCAGCUGGGAAGAAGUAUGUCCGCUGUCCUUGUAACUGUCUGCUGAUCUGUAAAGUAACAUCACAAAGGAUAGCUUGUCCCCGGCCGUACUGUAAAAGAAUAAUUAACUUGGGUCCUGUUCAUCCUGGUCCGGUCAGUCCUGAACCUCAGCCAGUUGGAGCAAGGGUGACGUGUGGCCAUUGUAAAAACACUUUCCUGUGGACAGAGUUUACAGAUAGGACAUUAGCGAGGUGCCCACACUGCAGAAAAGUGUCCUCAAUUGGUAGACGGUACCCAAGGAAGAGAUGUCUCUGGUGUUUUCUUCUGGGUCUUCUUUUUGCUGUCACCGCUGGUGGCCUUGUUGCUGGCACAUGGAAACCUGCUCAAAAAUAUGGAGGCAUUUAUGCAUCUUGGGCUGUGGUGAUGCUGCUGGCCCUCAUUUGUUUAGGCCGUGGCUGCUAUUGGGCUUGUAUGAGGGUCAGUCAGCCUGUUCAGAACUUCUCAUAAAACCUGAACAAAUGUGAUGUGUUAGGCUGGAGGUAUCAGAGAACAACAUAAGGGAAGAGAGCAGUCUCAUUGCACCUUUUUUUUUUUUUUCUUCUCCCCAGUGGUAAGAUGUCAUUGUCGGUGAACUAAAACCCAUUCCUUUAGUCUUCAUUCUCAGCAAUUUAAAAGUCCUGACCCCAACAUCCCUCGGAUUUUUCUACCAAAAAGGUCAUGCAUAUCGUGUCACAUGCUGUUGGAGUUGUCCAGUGCUCUAAGCCAUUCUUCCGUUCUUGCAUCCAUGUAUUGCCCGCCUGCUUUUGAAGGCUGCUCUUUAUGGUUCAGUUUGUUUUCUAAGCCAAUGUUUCAGCUACAGAUAUGGACAUAUCCACCAAUUACUUUAUUAAGGGCAGAAAAACAUCUACGAGUUCCUGUUGGUCAGCCUGGAUCAGCCCCUCCGUUUAGUUGUAGUGUCAGUUUGUGGCGUUUUCUAGUUUAGAGCCGUUGGCAAAGCCAGAGUUGUGUAAUAAGCGACACAAUUAGGCGUCUCAUGUGUCAAAAUGUAAAUAAAAUGGGCAUUAUUUUUUAAGUUUUAAAAUUUGUAAAAUUACUGCUUUCCCUAGAAAGCAACACAGAUGGAAGGUUGUACGUAUGUUUUAUGAAGAAUGACAUUUGCUAUGAAUGAUAUCUCCUAUCCGUCCUUUGUUAUUCAUCCGUACAAACCCUUUAAUGAAAGUCCAAUCUAUUUUUAAUAUGCAGUAAUGUCUUUUUUUUUAACAAUUUACCAUUUGUAUAGUGGAUGGUAGUCUUUACUACUCGCGUAUUGCACUAAAAGCGAUUGACUUGAUUUGCUGCGUUGGCACCUGUCCCGCUCAGCGUUUCUUUAACACUUUCUGUUGCUGACGGGUGGGACUGAUCGGUUUGUAACGACUCUCAAAACCUUAGAUCCACUCGGACAGUCCCCGUCAGAUGAAUUUUUAGCUGUCGGCGAAACUCUUUGUAGGCUUUUUCGGUAGCAUUAGAAGGUCCGUUCAUGUUUCACUUUUUAAAGGCUCAAUUUAUGAAAGAGCCAAUGAGAUCAGAAGGCAACAAACAAAACUUUCUUAAAUUCCUUCCCCUUUAUUGUACGUUUACCGGUGGUUUUAUACUUGCUGCCCGGCUGGUUUGAAAAUUGGUCAACAUUAUCGCCACCCUUACAUUUUAUGUACAAUAUCUUGAGGAAUAACUGGAAAGUACAGUAUAGCAUCAUAAUAUUUUAAGUGUGUUCAAAGGUACAAAACAAACAAAGAUGUCAGUGCAACUCGGAUGUAGUUCUUUAUGAGGAAAAUAAAGCAAAUCUGACCUGGAUAUGAUUAUUGGCAGUGAUGAUGGCCCCCGUAUGAUUCUCAUAGCCACCCAUAAGUUUCACACGUCUGUCUGCCAGUAGUAGGAUUUGCUCCAUCUCAGUUGUGCUUCCAGGAUUCAUUUUACUAAUGGUGGAUUUCAGCCCUCAGUUGGAUUCAUAGCUAGUCAGUUUUAACCACUGGAUGUAUUGUGCUGUUGGAGAACCCAUAACCUUUGACCCAGACCUUGCUUUCUGACUCUAGAUAACACAUUUGACAAUGACUUGACAUUUCCUCUGACUUCAUGAUUCUUUCUAAUAGGUUAAAGGCCUCCAUUUUCUGAGGCAGCAAACCAACCCCAGAACAUUAUGGAAUUACCACCAUGUUUAACUCUUGAAAGGCUCUUCUGUUCCUUAAAUAUACACAUAUAGCUUGUCUACAUUUGCCAAAGAGGCCAGUUUUGGUUUCACCUAUCCACAGAACAUUUUCCCAAAUGUAUUGUGGUUUCUCAAGAUAUGUAUAGUUCUUUUGAUUUAAUAUAUUUUGUUAUUUGUCUUUUCAUAUGACCAUUGGGGAUAAUGCUCAGGGUCAGCCAUUGUGCAGCACCCCUGGAGCAUUUCUCCAGUUAAGCUCCUUGCUCAAGGGUCCAAUGGAGUAGGAUCCCUUUUGGCAGUAACGGGCUUUGAAGUGGCAACCCCCUUGGCCAUUGCCAUUUAUUGUUUAGUGCACAGUAUAUGGACUUGGAGCUGCUUGAAACCACCUCUCAUGUUAACCUUCAAAGACUUCUUGGAUUCAUUUUCCUCUUCCCAACAAAUCUUGGGAGGUUUUUGACAGUCCAAUGACCAGGAAACUUCUUACUACGAUUGCAAACUUUAGACCCAAAAAUCCCAAGGUCUUUGGAGUUGUUCGUUUACCCUUUUUGGUAUUUUUAUGUUUGGUCAUAAGGACUUUUCUGACUUGUCUCAUGCAGAUCUUUUGUCAUCACCUUUGUGAGAAAGGAACAGGGUUUAAACAUUAAAGCCAUCAUUCAUUGGUUAAUUCAAGUCAUGUGAGUACUUAACCCUUGGUUUCAUUGCCAUGGGGAUGGAGUCCUUUAGUUCAAGCUUGUUUAAUUGGUUCAUAAGGGUGCCAAUAAUCAUGGCCAGGUUGUUUUGUGUCUCAGAAAUUGCUCUACCUGAGUGGCACUGACAUCUUGUUUUUGUUGUAUCCCUUUGUACAGUGGAGGAAAUAAUUAUUUGACCCCUCACUGA